UUGGAAGGGGUUACGUGGGCGGAGCCCGGGAGGGAGCCGGCGUUUGAGGUGCCGCCGGAGCCGGAGGCUGUUGAAGAUUUUGAGGAUGAUGAGGUGACGGCGGCGGCGGGCUGGCACGAGCAGGACCGAGAGGCCGGGGACCCGCGGGGCGGCGGCGGCGGCGGCAGCGGCGGAGGGGGCGCGGCGGCGCCGAGGGAGGCGCCGCGGAGGGACACGACGGCGCACUUGUCGCCGGCGGCGCCCGUGCCUGGGGUGCAGCAGCAGCAGCAACAGCAGCAGCAGCAGCAAGCGGUUGCAAACGUAGCAGGUCAGGGCCAGAAAGGAGGCGAGCCAGCGCAAGCCCAGGCUCCCGCCGCCUCGCCAGCCGCCGCGUCGGUGGCGCACCAUUUCCGCGCGGGCGGCGGCGCCGACCCAUCCGCGGACGCGGCGCGGCGGCAGCAGCACGACCGCCUGCAGGGGGUGCUCAAGGGUCAGACCAUGUUCCUGGCCCUGGUCUUGUGCGCCGCCGGCCUCGCCGCCGUCGGGGUGGUCUGGCGGGUGUCGCGCGGCAGGCGGGGCGGGCCCGCGGCCAGGGGCCGCAGGGGGGCGGCGUCGCCGCUUUGA